AUGGCCUCCAACAAAGGAAAAAUUUUGCGAGAGCUAAUGGCUGCCCGAGGCAAGGGGCAAUCAUCGAAGGCGCCUGCCAAGUCCCAGACCUCUGUCCUUCCUCCUACUACUCCGCAAAUCCCUGCUGAUCUCGGCUUGAAAGUUAAUCCCAACCUGAAGAAGAAAAGGUCGGUUGAGUCCCUCGAGGAAGGCAAGGUGGGUCCUCGCCAGGGCAGUAAACAACAAAAAACAACUCAGGAGCAUCGGGACAAAAGGGCUCCAUUUGUGGAGAGCCAAGAGGAGAUGGAGCGGGCUGAAGUGUGUGUGCCUCCGCGCACUUGGAGCCCCCGACUCGAAGUGGACGGAGUAGCCAUUCCCUAUAAUGCUUCAAUUCGAGAGUAUAAUAGGGGCCGAGAGGGGGACAUAGAGGCUUACAGGCGAUUUUCACAGUCUAAACUCUUCUUAUCCCUGAAGAGAGAGCUUGCGAUGAUCACUCAACAAGUAUUUGUGGCCAAGGAGUGGUGCCGCGACAAUCGUAAGUUAGCUGAUGUUGAAGCCCUCUCUCGUGCUAAGGUGGAGAAGGCUCUAGGAGCCCUCAAGCUGGAUCAUUACGAGCUAUCUGAGAAGCUCAAGGAGGCUGAGUCAGGCUGUAAGAGUGCUGAGGCUGGCUUGAAGACUGCUGAAAAACAAGCUGACGAUCAACGCCAGAAACUGUACGUGACUGAGACCAACCUUGCUACUGAAAAGCAAGCCGUACUGGAUCUCAAGGCCGCGUUGCAGAAAGCCAAAGAAGAGGCCCGGCUUGCCAAGGAAGAAGCUCAACUAGUCAAGGAAGCAGCUGAGGCUGAAAAAAGGGCUGCUUACCAGCUCGGAGUGGAGGAGACUGAGGCAAGGCUUUCCGAGGAGCUGCCAGAGGUAUGCAGGGAUUACGGCAGCAUUUCAUGGGCUCAGGCUCUUAAUGCUGCAGGGAUCCCUGCAGACUCUGCCUUGAGAUUGCUCGAGAAGGUCGCCGUCCGGGUUGAGGAUGUGGAGGAAGAGAAGGGUAAAGGCAAGGGUAAGGGAAAGAAAACCUCCUCCAAGGCCAAGGAUCUUGCUAAGGAAGCAAUCACUGAGGCUGAGGAUCAUGGGGCAGGUCCCCAAGUCAAGGAUGUUCCAUCUCCUCAGCCAGAGCAAAAAGAAGAUCCUCCUGCUGAGUCUUAG